GGAUCAUUUCUAUAGUAAAUCGUCUCAUCUGAAACUCUAACCAGAGCCACAGAUUCUCCAACCUGGGGGAUGACCAUUAAUCUCCUCGAGACCCAAGAGUGAACCCUUUUUUGACCCCUGCUUCGGCGGCGGUGGUUAUGAUCUCGACCCGAAUUGCUAUGAGCUUACUCUUCGGGGUAUGACAGGUGAUGAGGGUGGGCCUUGAUGGAAGUCUGACAGGUUCUUCUACAAUAAUUAUUACUGUUUUGUUUUAUUUUUGUGUACUGUAAUUAGUCAACUUUAUGGAAUCACAUACUUUGAUAUAUAAGUUGGGCUGGGCAGUUGAACGUUCUUGUUGCGAAUUUUCUUUCUCUGACACAGGUAUCAUUACUGGGGAAGUGUGAGUUGACACCAAUUAACUGAACGAGACCCGCGGAAUAGCGCAUUUGCCAAGGUUGUUGUGGAAACCGGCUCUGCGGAAGACAAGACGUCCAACUGCGAAUACGAUAUCAGUGGAAUCAACACCUCUGGAGCAACAGGUUGCAGUCUUUGAACCACUUGACAAGCUAUUAGUCGACUCACCGGAACACCAACAGGGAAGUGAGAAAGGCCAAUAAGGAGGAUCAAUCUGUUGAAGAUGGAUCUUGCCUCAAAUCGGUUUCCACUUUUAGAACCCACAGAUGGGAUAAACACCGGUGAGAUAUUAUAUAAUUGGAAAACACAUGGAACACUUUUGCAAUUCAGGCUUUCCUAUUUGGUUAAGAAAACUCCCACUCCUUUCAUAAAAAGGAGCCACUCUCGGCGGCACACUAGCCUAUUUCCUACAGGAAAAUAAAUCACUUUCUUGAAGUAAUGACCACUUAUUCGCAAAAUACCUUAUGAUAUUCUACUGGAUCGGCCCGCCAUUACCCUGGAGACUGGGAGGCACAGUAUCAUACUUGAGCCAAACUACGUUGGCAUGUCUUCUUGCUUCUGAAAAAGAUGUCUCUUUCUCUCACCUGUACUCUAGAACUUGACGGUGCGGCGACGAGUUGGUGACUUUCGGAGCGAGGUGAUGCCCUUGAUUGUCCCCCAUUCUUGGUUUUU